UACCAUCAAACAGAUGAGAAAAGAGUUCGCCUGUAUUUUAUGACCCGAUAAUCGAUCCAUCACCAAGCAACUCUGGACCAGCUCCAUUCCUCCAUCUAGAAGAACAGUUGCCCUGCACAGCCGUAUUCAGCCAGUGCAACACAAGUACAUCGAGCUAAAUUACACACAAAUCAUGUACUAACAAUGGAUACCCUACGGUCAGUGAAAGCUGUGCAAUGGUCAAACACUCACAUAAUACAAGUGUCUUUGCAUUUGCAAGAACAAAAACUGAAAAAAAUCAGGUUAUGUUGUUAGUAUUAGCCUAUGGAGUGGGUUGUUUGACCUGCCUUUGACCAGCCAUCCAUCCAUCCUUGUGUCCUCUCCGACUCUCCGUUCCCCUUCCUCCCGACCUUCUCCAUCCGUUGCAGAGAAAAAAGGACCAAGCUUUAUCGCAUCACCGCCCCUCUAAUCGCGAGAUCGAGAUCGACACGACAACACAGCACCAUCAGGGGGAGCGAGAGGUGGUUGGUGGCCGCGUCGAUCGGCCGCUCGCUCCCCAUGGUCGGCCCCAAGCCCAACCGGAUGUGCAAAUCCAAGAGCGCCAUCGCCACCACCGCCUCCACCACGGCCGCCGCCGCCUCCACCCCGCGAAACCACCGCUCGCCGCGUUCGACCGCAACCAGCUCCUACCCGGCUGCCUACUCCUAUUCCACCUCCUCCUCCACCGCCACCUCCUCCGCGGCCUCCCUCGCCGCGCUCCGCGACUCCCUCCCGGAGCUGCCGCUCCUCUUCACCUUCCACGACCUCGCCGCCGCCACCGCUAACUUCUCCUCCAAGCACCGCCUCCUCCGCGCCGCGCCCUCCUCCUCCAACUCCUUCCGCUGCUCCCUCCGGGGCCACCCCGCCGCGGUCUUCCGCCGCCCGCUCCGCCGCGACGCGCGCGAGGUCACCGCGCGCCUCGCCGUCCUCGGCCACUGCCACCACGCCGCCAUCGCGCGCCUCCUCGGCGCCGCCGCGUCGCCCGACCGCACGACGCUCUUCCUCGCCUACGAGCUCGUCCCCGACGCCGCCCCGCUCUCCGCGCUGCUCCGGAACCCCAAGAACCCGUCCUUCACCCCGCUCGCCACCUGGCACUCGCGCCUCCAGCUCGCCGCCGACGUUUGCGACGCGCUCUACUACGUCCACCUCCAGGCGGAUACCAUCCACAACCGCCUCUCCGCGUCCUCCGUCCUCGUCUGCGGCGACGGGCCCCUCCCCCGCGCCAAGAUCGCCCAUUUUGGCGCCGCCGACCUCGCCGGCGAGCUCCCGGUCGAACAGAAAGACGACACCGAAGAGUCCAGGGGCAGCUCCGGGGGGCACCGCCGCCGCAGCAGCCGCGGGAGGCGCAUCGAGGGCACGCGCGGGUACAUGGCGCCGGAGCUCGUGUCGGGCGGCCCGCCGUCCCGGCGCUCCGACGUGUUCGCGCUGGGCGUGCUGCUGCUGGAGCUGGUGUCCGGGCAGGAGCCGGUGCGGUACGAGAUGGGGAACCGGGGCACGGGCGAGUACGAGAGGACGUCGCUGAUCGAGACCGCGGAGGCCGCGGCGGCGGAGGGCGGCGGGGAGGGGAUGCGCCGGUGGGUGGACCGCAGGCUGAGGGACUCGUUCCCCGUGGACGCGGCGGAGUCGCUUACCGCGCUGGCGCUGCGGUGCGUGGCCAAGGACCCCCUGGCGCGGCCGGACAUGUCGUGGGUGGCCGCCAAGGUGUCCAAGCUGUUCCUGGAGGCGCAGGAGUGGGCUGCCAAGUUCCGUGUCCCCACCGACAUCUCCAUCUCCAUCGCCCCCAGGUGAGGUGAGGUGGUGGUUCCCGAUGCUGGCGCCAUUGCUGCUCCACACCUGCGACGGCAGCCAAGGAAGGUCCUUGGCAUACCAGUACACAAGUAGGGGCCUUUCGGAUGGAGGAAGCCAUAAUCGAGAAGAGAAGAGUCAGUCAGUGCCAACCAACACUGAUGUUUGUAGAAAAAAUGGCUACAAGAACUUAUGGCUUGGAGAGACUUAUUCUUCCCUGUACUGUUUUUGUCCUCGCAACCGUCUCUCUCUAUUUUUUUUGUCAGUUCUUUUUUUUUUCUUUCUGAGUACCAGUACCACAGCCAUUAGUCAUCGGCAUCUGAAAAACAGAAAGGGCGCCAAUGGUUGCAGUGAGCACACACGAGUUUCGUAUCGUAGGAGCCAAUUUAACUGUC